AAGUGAAACAUUUAUCAUGUGUUUGUACAUGGGUGUUGCCGAACAUUUAGUUGACAUUUUGACUUUUUGUGUGUGUCGUGCGAUUGAAAUGUCGAUAUUUGUAUUGAUGAUGACAUGUGGCAUCACACUGCAAGACGCUCUAGAAGAGCCACCACAUGUCAUUCACACAGGCUAAG